AUGUCGCAAGCACAUCAUGAAGCUAUGCGUUUAUCAUCCGAACGUCCUUAUACAAUGGGUAGUUCAAGAAAAAGUCUAUUACCAUUUCGAAUGCGACGACCACAAACAUCACCGGAUGUAAAAAUUUCACAUAGAUUUUCUCAUCCAGACGAAGGACUUGUUCGACAACUUACUCAUGAACAUAUUCUUACAAUUGGUGAUCGUUUAUUAACACAACUAGAAUACGAAAACCAGCAUCGCACUCAACAAACCUAUCAGCAAUUACUUCAAGCUGAACAAAUACGCAUGGAAAAUGAAUAUCAAAAGAAAUCGGUUGAAAUGACAAGAAAAUGGUUAGCACAGUUAGACGAAGAAAAAGCUCGAUUACAAAAGGAACUUGAUCAAAAUUUAGCCGAUAUGGAACGGUUACGUCGAAAAAAGAGUUACGACGAUGAACAAGUUAUAAUACGACGAAUGAAGGAUGAAUGUGAUCAAGCAUUAGCGAGACAAUGGAAACUUGCCAAUGAACAAAUUAGUCUAGCAGUAAAACAAGCAGAAGAUCGAUUGCGUGCGUUGCUUGAAUUGAAAUAUUUAGAAGAUAAAGAAAAUUUUGCACAAGAAUUUAGUGCAAAAAAAGAUGCCGAAUAUGCUGAACAAGAAGUGAAAACUAUAGAAAAAGUAACAGCUGAAUUAAGAAAAGAACAUGAUCGUGAUAUAAAAAUAAUCAACAAAAGUCAUUCACAAGAAAUAGAUGAACUGAAAAAGAAGUUAAAGUUAACGGAAGAACGUUUUCGUCGAGAAUUUUCAUUACGUGCUCGACUUGAAAGUGAUUUUCGAUUACUUCAAACUGAUUAUAAACGUUUUAUGGAUAAUACCAAUGUUUUUCAUUCUGACUAUAUGCUUAAAUUGUGUCACAUUGGAGAGCAAAUUGGCGAUGCUAAAUUUGAAGAAGUUCUUGAUAGAAUAUUAGCCGAAUCGUAUAUUGAACCUAUUCGAUCGCAAUCAGGCAAAAGUCAAACUCAUAAAUAUCAACAUUCAUUAAAACUAAAUGAUACAUAA